AAGUUAGGCGAUGCUGCAGCGUUAGGCGCGUGGUCUAAUAAUCUUGGGCUUCGUGGAAAUCCCGUUGUUUCUUGAUAAUUUGUAGAAUAAGAUACUGACUGCAGACUGAUAUUGGGAUCUUAUUCGAUCCUCGCUAGAAUCCAUGUUCUAAUAUCUGCAUCUACUGCAGAUUGUAAUCCACAGACAAAAUAUAAGGCAUUUAAACUGUUAUGAGGACAUUUCCUGUAACCGAAACCGCUCACGUUCACAGUUUACGAUGCUUGCGCACGUCACAUGAUCGUCAUGCAAACUUUUUACAAGUUGGAGAAAAGUUGAUGGUCGUUCACCAAAUAUACGUGUCAGGAAUCCUACUGUUUCUCUGAAGGUUAUGUCGGUUGGUUUUUUUGGGAGAAUAAAAUGACGAAACUUUUCAUGUUUAGAAACUCCAAGCUUCCGUAGUAAUAAUCUUAGUUUCGAACCUUCGUCCCACUCUUUACAAUCAUUAAUAAAUAAAUCCUCUUGGCGCUUAAACCACGCUUCAAAAGUAAUCCCACUUUCUAUUCAAAUCUAAAUUCAUUUAUUGAAUAGGCAAUAGAAUCCGAAGUCAUAGUAGAAUUAGAUACCUGGUUUCUUGGGGAUACUGACAUAUUCUUGACCAAUAAUUCGAUAAAAGCAUUUUGCUCUUGCAAUAAAGAUUUCAGUUAAUCCAUUUUACUGUUACGAAAUCGCCAUUGUUAUAACACUUGGUUUCCCACGUCUACAUGAAUAGGACGUUAAUUUGCCUUAGGCGAAUAUCUACACUAGAUUCCCUCUCAGUGUCUAUUCUACAGGACUUGAACACCACUCAGACCAAGAACGUGAUUAGCCUAACUAGAACGUAAAUAUAUUUCCACACCAAAAACCAACAACAAUCCGUCAACAAUUAAUAAUAAUAAGGAUAAGCGAAUAUAUAAUUCAUCUAACACCUGUCAGACUAUCUACAAGCCUAACUAAACAAACAACCAGUCAUUAUCAUUCUCGCCCAUACAUCAGGUUAUCAGAUCAUGAGAUUUUCGUUGGGUUCAGAUAUAAAGUGGGAUCUUGUAUAGCGUAUUAGUGGUCUACCUCCUCAGAAUAAAGCAAAUGAGCCCCCAACGGGAGUCAUGAAUUUUAAAACGAGAGAAAUUCAACAAAAAGAAUGUAUGGAAAUAUUUCUAAAUAUGAAAGUAAAUGAAUAUAUAUGUAUCUUAAUCGAUUUUUUAUCAUCCAGAGACUUCAGUCAGACGCCAGUUAAGACCUUAGUUCAAAGUUCUUUUCUCCUUAGUUUUUAGUCCGAUGGUCAUCUGAGAACACCUGAAGUAGUUUUCUAAACGUGAACUUUCAUUUAAUUACCAGUCUGGGGAACUAGUUUGAAUUCGUUGGUCAUUCUAUCUGAGCACAUACAUUAGGACUGUUAAUCUAACGACAGACAAAAUCUCGUUGCAAAUUCACUCUGUAGCACAAUCAAAACCAUAGACUGCCUGUCAGCGAGCACCUGGCAUAACCGUAUAUCAGGUUCUGUGUUUAAAUGUGCAAAGACAUUGGUGUGGCUGGAUCACAGUAUUGACUUUAUAUCCCACUAAAUCUCGUAUUACUGUCAUUGUCUCUCUCGAUUCCCCAUAUUUUGGUAAAUUUUUCGAGAUGUCUGUCGCUGAAUUAUUGGUUUAGUAGUGAUCCAUGUUAAUUUAUUAGUGUUUUAAAAUUAUCAAGUCUGGUUUAUACUGAAUACUAAAUAUUUAGAGACUGAUGUUACUUUCAUUUUCAGAUUAUUUCAGUUAACUGUUGGUGCUUUUCAAGGACCACUUGAAUGUCUCACAAACAAGGGAAAUUGAGUCCUAAUACUCCCCAGACAAACCCAAAUGCUAUUAACCGUAAUGCGGGCCUUCAUGCACUGGAAUAUGAAGAAGCUAUGGAAGUCGAACAACCCUUGAGUGAUACUUCAGAACACGAUCCAUCCUCAGAUGCAAGUCAGGAUGAACAACACCCUUGGUUUUAUAAUGCUACUGUCAAAGGAUGCUGCGGGACAACUUGUGAACAAACAGAUGCUUCGGUUGAUGCCUUUGACGAAAAUGACGAAGCAAGAGCUUCAGGAGUUAUCGAAGGUGUCUUCGAAAACAUUUUACAUCAGAAACAAAGUGCCGCACGUGCAGACGUUCGCGUGGUUCGAGGAUCAGGAAUGAUUCGUUGUCUCCCGUGGAAAAUACUUGUAAUUUUUCAUCCACCGGACGCUCAGUCGACAAUUGGUGUUUUUGUACAGUGUAAUGCAGAAAGCGAAUCACUAACUUGGAGUUGUACCGCCAAAGCAACUAUUCAGUUAGUUGCUCAGAGAUCGAAUUGUAAGAAUAAAGAAAUGAAAAUUCAGCAUACUUUCACACACAAGGAAAACGAUUGGGGUUUCCAACAAUUUAUUAGUUAUGACGAGUUGCUUAAUCCAGAGAGAGGUUUCUUAUCUCCAACAGAUCCGAAAGAUACAAUUAUUAUCCGAGCUCAUAUUAAAGCUGAUGCUCCUCAUGGUGCUGAUUGGGAUUCCAAACGCCACACUGGAUUUGUUGGGCUGAAAAAUCAGGGCGCUACUUGCUAUCUAAAUUCUCUACUUCAAGCAUUGUAUUGCACAAAUAAAUUACGACGUGCAGUAUUUUUAAUGCCAACGGAAAGUGAUGAUGCCCAAACAAGUGUACCUCUGGCUCUGCAGCGAGUAUUUUAUGAAUUGCAGUUCAGUAGUCGUGCUGUAGGCACUAAAAAGUUGACUCGCAGUUUUGGUUGGGCCACUUUAGACUCAUUUAUGCAACAUGAUGCUCAGGAAUUAUGUCGGGUUUUACUAGACAACUUGGAAAACAAAAUGAAAGGUACUUCAGUUGAGGAUGUUAUACCCGGACUAUUUUGUGGGAAAAUGCUUUCUUAUAUAAAUUGUAUCAACGUUCCUUAUUCUUCUAAGAGAGAAGAAAAUUUCUAUGAUAUCCAACUUAAGGUUAACGGAAAUCGUUCUGUUUAUGACGCUUUCAAUGAAUACAUUGCUAAAGAAACCCUCUCUCAAGAUAAUAAAUAUGAUGCUGGUGCUUAUGGGCUCCAAGAAGCUGAAAAAGGUGUUAUAUUUACACGAUUUCCGCCGGUAUUGUAUCUGCAACUAAUGCGUUUUCAGUAUGACUUCGUUGCUGAUACAAAUAUCAAACUAAAUGAUCGGUUUGAAUUUCCACCUAUUCUUAAGUUGGAUCAGUUUUUGGCUGAACCAAAACCAUCUACUUACAAACUUCACGCUGUACUUGUGCACUCUGGCGAUAAUCAUGGUGGUCAUUAUGUUGUAUAUAUAAAUCCAGCGCUAAAUGGUAUAUGGUAUCAGUUUGACGAUGAUGUUGUUUCACGUUGCUCACCCCGUGAUGCUAUCGAUAUGAAUUUCGGAGGUAGUGAUGAUCCUGAUAUGCGUCUUUGCACAAACGCUUAUAUGCUUGUGUAUAUCGCAGAUUCCGCGAAAGAUGAUGUUUUAUGCCCUGUUUCUGAGAUAGAUAUUCCUGAGACAUUACGCGAGCGAUUCAUGGAUGAACAAAAAAUGGAUGAGGCUAAAAGAAAACAAAAAGAAAAGGUUCAUUUGUAUGUCGCUAUUCAGUUAAUACUUGAAGAGGACUUCUAUGGUUGGCAAGGUCCAGAUUUGUGUAGUCAAGAGUUAUUGCCCAGUCGGAUGUUACGCGUUCAAAAACAAACUGUUCGUCCGAAAUUACUAGAAGAUGUAGCAAGUGUGUUGCAUUAUCAGCCUGAAGGAAUACGUUUGUGGCGGUUUCAACCUCGACGUAAGAACAUGCCUACUCAUCUAAUUGAACUUUGUGAUAAUCAACCAUUAUGCGCUAUGAAAGAUGCUCUCAUAUUUUUUGUUCAGUCCGAUACUUCGACUAAUUCAUUUAUUCCUCGUGUGGAUAAAGAACAAACUGUGAUAGAUCGACACUUGUUUUUCCUCAAAUAUUUCGAUCCAUUCACUUGGACGUCAACAUUUUGUGGCCAUGUGGAAAUUCGCAGAGAAGAAUCGUUGAGGGUUAUUGAACCAAUAGCUCGCGAACGGGUUGGAUUACCUUCUAAUUGCAAAUUAAUGUUUUUCCAAGACGAUGCGAAAUCUUUGAUAUCUGAAAUUACACAACUUGAUAUCCCAAUAUCUAAAAUGUAUAAACGCGACAUUCAAGGACAAAUUUUGUACUUCCAAGCUAAAUCAAUGAAUUGCUCAAUCCCACUACCAUUUGGAUUGAUGGAAACCACUGAGAUGGGGAAAGAAGCGUUGAGCAGUUUGGUAGAUGAUGCGCAUGUUUUGUCGUCUGUCGAAAGUCCUCUUCUUACUGACAACAGCCAGGUUAUUGGUAUGAAUGGUAUAGUCAUCCCUUCAAAUAUCGUGGACGAUAAUGUUAGUGGUAACGCAGAUGUUUGCAGAGAUAUUUCGGAGUCUUCUGUUGUCUCGUUAUCGAAUAUUGAUUCCAUUACUUUGCAUAAAAUGGCUACUUUCCCAGCAGUAGCUGGCAAUAAAUCUCGAUCUUGUAUGAAUCUGAUGGGUCAACCGAUUACGGCGGAUUUACAAACGCAAACAAUCUCAUCUGCAGAAAAACUGACGAUUUUUGAUUACUUCAGCAGUUAUAUACGUCAGUUCGAAAUAUUAUUGGUGGAUAAGCUUAGACCUCAGGACGCUGGGAUUCUCAUUCAGGUGUCAGCCGAUCUUACGUAUUGGGAAUUCGCCAAUGUUGCUGCAGCUUACCUAUCAACGCAAAGUAACCGUCUUCAAUUUUUCCGUUCACAACAAGGAUUUGGCAAUACGACGGAUGCUGUUAAUGCACCAAUUUAUGUCUCACCUGUCUCCACUGGGACUGGUGUCACUGGAAGUGAACUUGCAUCUCCACCUAUCAGUUCAGAAACUACAGAGAACACUUGUGGCAAUAACAACGUUUGUUCUGUAGAGAGUGGGGCUUUAGGAGUUACAGGAACUCGUGGAUCACCAAUUCAUCCUCAUUUGUUAACAGCCAAAUCAUCUGGUUUCCCAACGUCAUCACCCUACUUAAAUUCACUUGUGGCAGCAGCAGCCGCUCAGGGUUUGAUGCGAGAACCUCCCGGUCCUGCAAUCAGCUCUUCAUAUUCUGGUACAUUGCAGGAAUUUUUCCUUCCGUUUACUGUUGCGCACACGAAUACUUCAUGGGCUUCUGAUGUUGGUGGUAUCGGGCCAGGUUUAGUUAACAGCGGAAAUACAUUGUCAGGGACUGGUGGAAAUACCCCCACUCCAGAUCGCUUCCCAAUACCGCUUAAUCGUUUUUGUGGUGCUGUGACUGUUAGCCGUUCUCCUUUGGGUCCUGUUACUUCUUCCCCACCUCGUCGUGUGUACUACGCACAUCUGGCUAUUCGAAUUGAUGAACUUGAAACAAUGCGUCAAGUUCGUGUGGUUUAUGUUGGGCAAAAAUUAUCGGAAAAGGCAGAAUUAAUUCUUUCAGUACCCCAGAAUGGUUUAGUUUUUGAUCUUUUAAAAGAAGCUUCUCGUCAUUUAGUCUUGCCUCCUGGUGGUUCUGGCCAACUGCGUUUACUCAAAAUCUCUCGUAAUCGAAUUAUACAAGAGUAUCCUCCAACACAAAAACUUUCACUCAUACCUGAAUCUGCUGUGUUUCCCCAAACAUAUGCAGGGUCGUCUCCUAUUCAUAGUCUUCGGAUUGAAGAAAUUCCUCUUGACGAAAUAAACUUGAAACCUGACGAAACUGUAGUGUACGUUUCUCAUUUUGACAAAGCUUUCACAGAGACUUUCGGGGUGCCGUUUACUGUACGCAUUCGAGAUGGAGAAAAUUACACUGCAGUGCGCGAGCGUAUACGUAAACGACUAGAAGUACCUGAAAAGGAGUUUGACCGCUGGCGAUUCGCUGUAAUUUAUCCAACUGAGGGUGCCUACAUCCCGAAUGAAGGGGAUCCCACAGUGCAGAUAAAAAGAUUUACUCACUAUUGUCUUCCCGAAAGUCGCCCAUGGUUGGGAAUUGAUCAUAAGCCAUCUAAACGUCCUCGUUAUGCUCCAAAUGAAAAACCUAUCAAGAUUCAUAAUUAAAAAAUUCAUUCAUUGAUUUGUGCGUAAUAUAUCUUCCCUUCGUUUCUUGCGCGACUUAGUUUUGAAGAUACACUUUCCUUCAGUUAUCUGCAGGCUAACUGUAAAACCAGUGACUUUUAACCAGCUUUUCAUAUUACCAGUUGUGAAUGACUUUCAAAAGCUUCGUUAACAUAUUCAUAGGUUCGAUGGAUUAUCUUUUUCACCUUGUCAGUACUUUGAAUAAUUAUCUAGUACUCCGCAGUGCUUGUGUUUGUCACUUUCACUGUGACAAUAUUCAUGUAAUUUCUUAGCUUUGCUGUUUGUAUUGUGCAUAUGAGACAAAUGUGAUGCUCUCAAAUGCUCAAGAUUCUUCGUACCUAUUUUGAAUUAAGUUGAGCUUGUCCACCGUCUGCAACACUAAUUAUGCCGUAAAGUGUUGUUGUCUAACUCUCAACCAAAUUUAUGAAUUACUUCGAAGCAUUUUAGAUCAAUUGUAUUGAAUAAAAUUUAUCUGCACAGAAAAUCUGAUAUUAUUUAUUUGUACGUGUUUGCUUUAUUUGUACUAAUCAUUUUCACACCAUUCAGUUAGUUUUUGAGCUAUAUACGUUAAGUGUUUCUCGGUCAGUCAGUUCAUAGCUCUGACUUAUUAUCCCCUAAUUUCUCCCACUUAUCUACAUGUACUAAUAGGCAAUAGUUUGUUUUAUUGUUGGUACAUCUGGUUUGUGUACAGAUGUAUAGCAUAAAAAUCCUAGGUGUAUCGUUUUAUUAAUACUAAAAGCUAUUUGACUUCAGUAUCUAAUCUUCCUGGUAAAGUAAAAUUGUUUGACUAC